AUGGACAAGAACCUGAAAUCAGACAAUUUGCUACACGUUGCUGGUGAAUACUGGAUAUCAGCCUUGUUCCUUGCUUUUGCAACUAUAAAUUUUAUCGGCGUUUGGCUUGGAGAUGGCGCACCUGUCUACGGGCAAUACCCGUUCAUUGGUCAAGGUCUUUUGAAGCCAUGGCUACACUGGUCUAUUGCAGACCGCUGGAGGCUUCACGAACUCGAACCACCAGCUUACGAGAAGUAUAGCAAGAAAGGCCAGCCAUGGUCAGUCACAUUCUGGGGACUUCGUUUCCUCGUCAUGCCACCUGAGUACCUCCGCGACUUGGAGACACAAGAUCGGCAUGCGUUGAACCUAGCAAAAUGCCUCAGCGAUGCUUUGAACAUGGAGGCUUCUGUCGGGGAUAUACCUAUUGCGAACACUAUGGAGAUAGAUGUUGUAUCGAAAUACCUCAAUUCGCAGGUAGCACAGAAGGACCGACCAGACAUCAAGAAGAACCUCGAUACUAUACAAUUGAUGGUUGACAUGCCACCUGCAUCUCCGAAGGAAGUCGAUUCAUUCCGCCAUGCUAUCCGCGUACUGCAUCUACACUUCGCAAGUACGGGAUCUAGCAUAGCCUUGGUGCAUGCGGCAAUUUGGCAACUGCUACAAAUGCCGGAAUGCAUAGAGCUUAUCCGUGCAGAGAUCGAGGAUGUACUGAAGAAGUACGGAUCGUGGGACAGCAAGCAUACCUUGAACCAUUUACACCUUUUGGACAGCUUCGUCAGAGAGAUCCUUCGCGUUCAUGUACCCUCUGCUCUGGUUUCUCUUCGCCUUGCUCAACAGCCCGUGACCUUGCACGAUGGUUUCCAGCUAAAGCAAGGAACUAGAAUCGUGUUUUCAGCGCAAUCAAUCCACUCUGACCCAGCCAACUACGAUAGCCCUCGUGAGUUCCAACCAUUUCGUUUCGCAGGUUCAGGUCCAUGUAAUUGCGAAGCCGACGGAACGCCGAAGGACGCCGGAAGGGUCAAGGCAGAGACCCCGAGCCAGAGUUUCCUGGCGUUCGGUUAUGGCAAGCAGUCGUGUCCAGGGAGGUUCUUCGCUACCCGGGUUGUGAAGCUGAUUCUUGGGCGACUCAUACACGAGUAUGAGAUCGAGGCUGCGGGUACUAUCCCGCCUAGCCCGGUCAGUGGAAGCAUGGAAGGCUUUUUCCUACCGACCAAGAAGCUUGAGAUUAGUCUGAGAAGCCGGAGAAUCAAGUAG